AUGGUGUUAUUCAAACGCAAGCCGAUCGAGUACGUGACCAAGCCGCUCCCCCAAGAUGACACCACCGACGUCUGGCUUAUCCCGCACACCAAGGAAUGGUUCACCACCUACGACGGCUACUUGGAGCGGCUCGACUUCUACCGCAAGCGCCAGUUUGUGUGUGAGAUCACCGGCAACUCCCAGCUUACCUAUUUUGAGGCGAUGGAGCUGGAAACCCGCGAGAUCGAGGCUCUAGAGCGCAACUUCCCCGAUGCCCUCCGCGAACACAUUUUGCGCUUUCUCCAGUUUAAUCGGAUUACUAGGCUUGAUUUGUUGAUUGAUAAAGUGUACCUGGAGUUCAAACACGACUAUUUCCCGGGGGAACUCGUCUAUUUGAAGGUGAAAGGGCUGGCGGCUCUGGACGCUAAACGCCGGGCCGUGGUACUGGAAAAGGUCCAGAUUGGCGGCGACGUACCGGUAACUCGCUAUCUAGUGAGACGGUUACAGGAUAAUGUCCCCACACAAGUCACCGCCGAAAAUAUUCUGCGAGAACGGAACCAGUUUACCAAAUGGCUUAUUAAGACGUUUAUCAAGCUUACCGUAUCGCGUUCUUCUCGCGUGGGAGCUCCGUGGGUGGUUAAGGACUACUACGCUAAGAAAUACCGCAUUCCUCAGACGUACCCUGAAGAUUUACUCCAAUACGCCGAAGACCACGCCGAGGAACCAGUGGCAAAGAAGAAACUGCAUAAGAAGAAGGACCCGAUGGAACAAGUGGCCACGGCUCCCUUGGCCCGCAAACUGCCCCGACCAGCGGAUUUGGUGUUGCAGGAAGACACCGUGCUCGAUCCCAUGGCGGAACCGCGCCCUCGCGGUAAACGGUUCCAAGUGGGGAAUAUCGAUCUCUCCGAGACGUUGCGGAUUUGGCUGUUUAUCAAUAUCUUCCACCUGGCACUACACUUGGAUGCAAUUACAUUUGACGACUUUGUCAUAGCUUUAAGGUGGAGUUUACCCCAGUUUAAGGAGUUUGGCAAUUGUGUGUUACUAGACGAAUUGUUUUGUGCGUUGCUAGGGGCAAUCAUCUCCAACGAAGACCGUAAGAAUAAAGGUCUUCUAGUGACCAUCCCCGAGAUUGAAAACGAUGAUGACAACGACGAAAAUAUGGAUGAAGAUAACGACGAAGAAGAUAACGGCGAAGACAAUGAACCUGAAGCCAACGGCAACGGCAAGGCUAAUGGAACGAAAACUACCAAAAAAGCUAAUGGAACCGUACACGACGAUAACGAUGACGAUGACGACGUGGAGAUCCAGCGGGAAGUGGUGGACAUUGCCGCUUCCAGUGAAGUCGAAGAAGAGGAAGAAGAAGACGAGGAAGACGUCGAAGUGACGACACGCACUGGCCGUAAAAGAGGACGUCCGCCUAAGAAUAGCCCGCGUAAAAAUCUCCGCGUGACUCCUUCAUCUCCUUCGCCUACACCUACCCCCGCUCCUGAAGCUACUGACGACGACAACGACGAUGUGGACCACUAUGCCUUUAGAGCGAUGAACAGCAAGGGACAAUGGUACGAUAAGAUCCACAAGCGGCUGUUCCGCGACGGCCAGUGGCAGUGUGGCGUCAUCGGCGUGCUUUCCGAAGUUAAAGACUUGCCUCAGUAUGCCGACGUGUGCCUUGAAGUGUUCCAUAAACUAGCACCUAAGCUGGAAGGGACUCCCACUCCCAGUCGCGUACUUGAACGGUGGUACCGUGACGUCGACCCCGGCCUCAGAGUGAAGAUCUUGGCCAUUUUUAUUGACCUUCUUUGUACCGGUCAAGUGGUGAGAGCCCGGCUUGAGUUUUGCUCGGAAGAAGGUACUCUACUCCGUCGUCAACGUAUUGACGUUACUAAGGAGACUAAAGCUCUUUUAGAGGAAGCCAGCAAAGUGUGGGACCAGCUUGUGGCCAAAGUACCUCGCCCUGACAAGUUUAGCCACUUAUCCACUGAUAUCCUCGAAGCCGAGGAAGAAUUAGCGAAAACCGAUAAGGAAUUUGCUGGGCUUUUAAAACAGAGACAAGAGAUGUUCGCCAAAGUUAAACAACUUCGAGCUACCAAACACUCACUUGAAAAGCGGAUCAUGGAGCUAGAUUGUCAGCGGGCAGAAAUCUUAGGUAAAGACCGCUUCUAUAACCGCUACUGGUGGUUUGAAAACAGUGCUGCCACUGCUGACCAGGACGAUCCUGAAGAUAAAGACGAUGUCGGCCACGACGACGAGUUCUUAGAGGAGACUUACCUUAUGGGUACUCUUUGGGUUCAGGGACCCAGCCAGGGUGAUUUGGAGAAGUAUGGUGGCGUGUUAGCCUCCGUUAAGGGCGAAGGCAACACCGAUGAUCUUGUUGAUGGUAACCUGUGGGAGUAUUACGACGAUCCAGAAGACAUUACCAGACUCCUCAAAUGGCUUAAUAGUUUGGGGUACCGCGAACACCAGUUGAAGCGCGAGUUGGCGCUGAUAGCGGAACAACUUCGGGCGGCGAUGACGGCCCGCAAAUUGGCUCUCGCUGGCCCUUACGAUAAGUUCUCCGAACAAUUGCGUCGGGUGGAAGAAACACUUAAUGAGAUUAAAAAUACCGUACACGUCAUUGACGAUGACGACGAUAACAAUGAAGAAGACGAUGACGUCACUGUGACCCGUCGCCAGUCUCGUCGACAAGCUAAGGAUGACCCCAUUGAUGUGGAUGACGACAGUUACGAAGAUCACGAUGCCAACAGUGACGAAGACGACGAUGACGAUGAAGAUGGCGACGAAAUCGACAUUGAAGCCGCCAUCAAAAAUAAGCGCUCUGACGAACUCGAACAGGCCAAGUCCUUCUUACAGGAACGCUUAGACGAGGACCGCGAAGUGGCGCGAGUGAUGGAGUGGGUCAACUCCGCCGCCGUCGACAAAUACGGUAAAUCGCUUUACGAAGGCGGCGACAAGCCGGUGCUGAAGACGAGAAAGAAGACGACGAGAAAGAAAACAUAG